AUGGGACACUCUCAGGGACAGCCAGAUUUUCGUACCGGUACACGAUAUAACAUUCUUCUUAAGAAUACAAAACUGUUUGUGCCUUUCAAAGCCCAGCUUCUGAAUGAGGUAAUUCGGCCUUUGAAGAAACCUGAAGGGAAGGGCUGGAAUGCGCUUGUCGUAGAUCGGCUCUCAAUGCGCAUGCUUUCUGCAUGCUGCAAGAUGCACAACAUUAUGGAAGAUGGCAUCACUAUUGUGGAGGAUCUGGCAAAGCGAAGAGAACCUCUGCCCAGUCUGGAUGCCAUAUAUCUCAUAGCUCCGACAAAAGAAUCAAUUGAUCGCCUGAUUGCCGAUUAUACAGUACGCAAUCAGUAUAAAUGUGCCCACGUCUUUUUCACCGAAGCUUGUCCGGAUACUUUGUUUUCGGAGCUUUCUCGUAGUGCAGCAGCUCGUCACAUCAAGACCUUGAAGGAAAUCAACAUCGCUUUCACACCUUAUGAGAGUCAGGUGUAUACCCUGGACUCGCCUGAUACAUACUUUUUGUACUACAAUGCCCAAAAACAAGGUGGACUAACGUCCAACCUCGAACGCAUAGCCGAGCAGUUGGCAACUGUAUGCGCUACAUUGGGAGAAUAUCCUUCUCUACGGUGA